AAAGGCUGUAGGCGAUUCCUUGAGUGGUCUGGAAACUGGAUCACGAGAGCUUUGUCUCCAUCAUCAAUACCGAUCGCCGGUAGGCGCAGUAAAUAGUAGAAGAAAAAUCCAAGUCGUUCGAUCUUCUCAAUUUAGCAAGAAGGUUCUGGAGGAAGUGAUUGUAUUGGUGACGAUGAUGAAUGCUGUGGUGACUUUAUUCGUGACAUUGAUAGCCGUAGCUGAUAUUCAAUCUGCUUUGGCUUUGCCAUCAACCGCCCCAGCAUUUUUGUGGUCUCCUCACCACGAUGAGUUUUCAAGUAAAGGAAUGAAGGAUGCUGUUAACUAUCGGACCAUCUCCCCGAAGGAUCUGGCAAAGUCUGUUCUGUCAGAAGGAGACUGGGCAAACUUACUGUGUUCGGAAAAGAAACUUCAGCAGCAUAUGGAAGUGGCACUUGUUUUUGUUGGCAGGGAGUUGUUAUCCUCAGACAUCUCUGGAAACAAAUAUGCAGACACAGCUCUUUUGGACAUGCUCAAGGUCUCUUAUACAAUGUCAAAUUUCUCCCUGGCAUUUCCAUAUGUUGCUGCAUCAGGGGAGCAGACAAUGGAAAAUAUUUUGUUAUCUGGGUUUAUGGAGACUUGUGGGUGGGACUCAGCAAUCAGUAAGGUUGCUAUUUCAGAGUCAUGCUCUGUAGAUGGCGAAAACCUCCAAAGGCUUGCAGUUGUUGACUUGGACUUUCUUGUUUCAAAUAUGGAAAAGAGAUCUAAUGGGCAAGCAAACCUAGUUGUGUUCUGUCACGGAGGCUCUCACUCUGGGCAAGGACCCAGUCGACCAAAACCUGAAAGUGAAAUUUUCUCUGAGGUUAUCAGUUCCAUGGAGCAGUCUGGGGCAAAAUAUUCAGUCCUUUAUGUUUCGGAUCCCUUGAGGUCUAUUCAAUAUCCUACCUAUCGGGAACUAGAAAGGUUUCUUGCAGAAGGCGUGCAAGGAAACAGGUCGCUUGAUUCCAAAGUUUGUGAUGAAGUUUGCAAGAUUAAGUCAUCACUUUUGGAGGGACUUUUCGUGGCGAUUGUUUUUCUUAUCAUACUAAUAUCAGGCCUUUGCUGUAUGAUGGGCAUUGAUACUCCAACAAGAUUUGAGGCACCUCAAGAGUCUUGAAUGGUUGGUUGUGAAAGAUACUACCUUCAUGUUAUUGCACAGAGUUAUAUCCCAAGCUCUCAGUUAUAAAGAUUGUUUUUUGUGUACCUUCUUUGCGCAGAGAUGUUAGCAUGUAAUAUUCAUUUGUUUGCUCGGGAAAAAGAAAAGGAAGAGACAAAACCCUUGGUAUGAUUAUUCCCUUUUGCUGAGAAUAAUGGAUUAAUGAUCUUGUUUCUAUCCAGCUAUGUAUCUCUCUUCCGUCCGAAUAUAUAUAAUUGUCGAGUGGUUUAAACCCAAAUCUUUUGGCAAUGCCCCCAUCUUUGAGCGUCAAUUUUUUAUUUUUUAUUUUUAUGAGCCAUCUUUGGCUGUCUGCAACAAGAAUAGGCAUGGAAGUGGAUAUGUAACGUUGACAUUGGCUCCAUUGUUGUUUGUAAGUAAAUAUAUAUGCCCCAUCACAGGGUUACGUUAAUUACUUUCUGCUUGUUAA